GUUGAUCACAUGUAUAACAUACUUGAUGUUGAUUAUGAGAUGGCGGAUGUGUGGUGGAAUUAAUAUAUUGCUGAUUAUUACUAUUUUGGUGUUGUGGGCGAUUGUUUGUUGAUGAUGUACAAGCUGAUAUAUUAGAAACCAGUCUGGAAAUUAGAAUUAGACACAAGAUAUGUUGCAUUUGCUGUUAAACUUCUUCAUCCAGCUAUAUUAGGCCCACGACAAGAAUGUGAGGUUGAAGCACAAGUUCCGAUUUCAACAGCUGAAACAGCUAUAUUUCAUCCAAAACAACAACUUCAACGUAAUCCGGCAAUUUUGAUGCCACAUGCAUUACUAAAACUUACAAAUUAUACGCCACAACUGGCAGUGAUCUAUCUAAAUGACUACCCAAGACACAUUCCACCAAAUAUCAGAUUAGCUGUUACUACUUAUGCACCAUCGAGUGUGCAAUUUUUUGCAUUGAGUUCAUCAUCACCAUCAAAACGACACUCAUGCUUGGAUAUUCAACACCAUAAUGACAGAACUCGGCAAUCACCAACAUCCAGUGAUAUUGAUAAUACCAUCCAUACAUUGAUCAGUCAUUCACAUGAACAAAAGCAACAAGGGGUAUAUCCAGUAUUAUUGAAACAUCGAACAUCAUUUAAUUUACCAAAAAUGAUAACAGCAAAUACACAAAUUCGACAUGUAAUUCGUACGGGUGAUCAUAAUCCGAUGGGGCAGAGGCCGACGGGACGUCGGAAUGUGAAUUCAGAGAAGACUUUUAUAGGCGAUCUAUACGUGACACUGUAA